AAAUCAGAAGCAAGAGACCGUGCCUAAUGAACCGGCAGUUCGUUGUCACUAAAGCUUAUUUUCUUGCAGUGGGCUUGUUGUUGUACUAUAAAUGUAAGUAAACAUUUUGCUAGUGUUUGAGGUUAAGACCCCAAUGUUGUAGCUAAGAAGAGCUGAGGCAAGAACUCAACAUGGUUUCAUUACGGAUUACGUUUUCAUGUACCCAGUAAGAAACUCCGGUUUCAAAUCGCUGUCAAAAGGCUGUCCAACAACGGCGAUUCAUGCAAUUUUAUUCCUUUAAUUCACCCUUGAUUUCAUUGUGACGUCGUUUUUAUCGGGUUCAAUUUACGUAUUUUUGUUGAAAAAGAGAGAUAUCUGUGUAAUAUAGCCCCUCGUGCGUUGAUCCCACAUCGAAUUCUCGCGACUUUUUGGACGUACGCGUAUGGCUUUCGUAUUUGCCUGCUGGAAUUUUUGUAUUGUUUUUAAGCCUAAAAACAAUUUUUAAAAAAAUGCCAGUGGGCAAAAGCGACAGCUAUACGCAUAUGUUGCAAAUGAAUCCACCCAGCCUAGUCCCUAGGCGUUCUCGGCUCGGUUAAUCCUGGACUCUACCGUGAGCUGUGACGUCACCGAGGGACAACGGGGCAAGAGAGGAGAGAACGCCUAGGGACUAGGUUGGAAUCCACCCUAUUUAAAAACCAAAGUGUAAGAAUCUGAUUCCAGAUCAAAUUCGGGCGUUUGGAUCUUUUGCUUUAGUUGCUUGGAGAUAAAAAUCAAGGGACUUAGACGCAGAAAAAACAUCAACAAAUUCACAUUUGAUGAUUAGUCAAGGAAAUGGAAGAUAUAGAAUUCAGGUUGCAUGGUAUCCACUACUAACAUACGAUCAGCCUUAUCAGAAACCAUAUCAUUAAAAUGGUCUAAGUUCAUGACAGCCUACAGUAGCUUACAGUUGAACCUCUUUACAACGGCCACCUCGGGAACAGAAGAAAGCGGCCGUUGUGGAGACGUGAUCAUUAAGGGAGGUUCGACUUUACUUCACUGGGUCCGGAUAGGAAAAGUAUAUCGUUAGUAUUAUUUCUCAACAAUGGCCUACUCGACAGACCGUAGUUAAGAUGGCUUUGUCAUUAAAUCCCUCCUCUGGUCUCUGAACUUGCCACAAAUUCAAACUCCUUUUGCCUUCAGUGCUAGCCCAAAGGGAUUCUUAAUCUCCCGAAAAGCUCGAUUUAGGAAACGCUUGACACAUCAAACUUAAAAAAUGUUCUUUUUUUUUCUUAUUUAGAUGCUCAAACUGCUGGGAAAGUGCAAAGCGAAGUCCAACAAAGAGAUCUCAACGGGCUUCUGAAAAGUAUGCUACACAUUACGGAACACACUCAGGGGCGGAUCUAGGGAGAGGGUGCAGGGGGUGCGCAACCCCCCCCACCCCCCCUGAGAUGACCUACGGUUUUCUAAUACAACUGGUAUUCUGCAAAAAAAAAAAACUAUGUGGUUUAUUGGUGUUGAAGUAGAGCAAGAGACGAGUGCACCCCCUCCUAGAAAAAAUCCUGGAUCCGCCCCUAACACUUGACUGACUCGAAUAGUAGUUCGUGACUUGCCGUAAACUUUCGCGACCUUUUAAUGACACUUUGUCAGGGAAAUAUAAAUACAGCACUACUGCAAUAACCUGACCAGGGCCUGACCAUAUCUUAUACCAAAUCAUACAGUUUUCCAUAGCCGUUUUCAGACUUUGCUUCUAUCAAAAUAGUCUGUCGGUUUCAGGCCUGGCUUCUAAAAAUUGUGCACGAAUCCAUUACCCUAUCCAAGCCGAGUGAAGGCAAUGAAGUCAAUAUAUUUUUCAGAUAAUGGCUUAAAUCAGUACCCAUUUUCAUACCAACACGGCUCAAAAACCCAUGUCCUUUACUUAAAGUCAGCACGUGUAAUAUACCUAAAUAGAACGUUCUAGACGUGAUUGAAAACUCGUGAAUGUGUGAGCAAGGUUUGUCAUCUGAUAGAUACCUCCCAAAUAAAACCGUAACAGACAACCAUCUGCAUCUAUUCACAAGGAACAAUCGAGAAACGUUUGAUCAUAAACAUAGAUUGUUUCUCCUGAAGGUGGCUUGGAGCGUGCUUCCACGACAGUUUUCAUACUGAAAAGAGACUGCAUAGAUACUCACUUAUGAAAAUGUUCCAAAAAAAUACAUUUGUAGUGUAAAUUCACCUAUUUCGUUUUGUUUGUUUGUUUGUUUUGUUUUUCCUUUUGAUUGCUUUCUCUUUUCGUUUAGUGCAUCUGUUUUGGCACGUUCAAUGCGUACUGGGAAUAACUGGGAUAAUUUUUGAUUAGGAAUUAAACUAAAAACCGUUUAAUGCAGUAAAUUUAUAAAGGAAGUAAUAGCUUUGACAUGUUUCCUUGGGAUUCUGCAAAUCAACAUCUUGUUUUAUUUCUCUCCUCAUUUAGGUAAGUUCAUCACGUUUGCACGACAAGGUUUUCAAGAACAUAAUAAUUUUCGCGCUCUUCACCACAUAUCCCCGCUAAAAUGGUCUGACAAGCUGGCCAUACAGGCCCAGAAACUCGCCUACAAAAUGGCGCUCAAAGGAACCAUUCAAGUCCCUGGUAUAGAUCUAUUUGGAGAAAACCGUGCAAAGCUCUCCGCGGUCAAUUUCGACUGCGAAACAGCUGGGGAAGAGGCAACGAAAAUCUGGUAUAACCAGGGCAAUAAUUACAGCUACGCGGAUCCGCGACUAAACAGCAAUACGGACUCAUUUACCCAGGUGGUCUGGAAAGGAACUCGUGAAGUUGGAAUGGGCUGCGCACAGAGAAAGGGAACACUUAGCAACGAGAUAUUUGUGGUGGCUCUAUAUUAUCCCCCAGGGAAUAGCCCACGCGCCCUGCGAGAAAAUGUGGUCAGCCCCAGUAAGAAUGUGAACGAUGCUUAUUCGUCGAUAUUUCGGCGGCGGAAUCAAAUGUAUCAAGUCGAGCGCGGGAAAGUACAACAACAUGCGCACACGUAAAAAACAUGGCAGUCAAUCAGUAUAGUUGGUUCUGUUUUUUGUACAUCAAUAUACACUGAGCUGGAUAUUAAAUUAAAAUAUGGACCUUCAUGUUAACCUCGAUCAUGAGACACCGACUUUCAUUUGGACAGAUAAACUGAUUCUCUCACUUAGCCAGUCUGCGAUAGCGCGGGAUUGCCUUUCAAAACCGGUCGAAAAUUUUUGCGUGUGUUUUCUUUUUCUUUUGCGAUAAAAUGGGGCGUGAGACAUAUUUCCUUGCUUUAACUGCUUGCCAAGCAGAUACGUUGGAUGAUACGGAUGACUCUCCGUGUUUAGGAGAUCAGGAAAAGAGAAUGGAUUCUGAUAAUUUGAUGAGAAAAACAGUUAAAACAGUAUGAAAUAGGGUAAAGUCACGCGAAAGACAAAUGCGCCAUUUCCUAUCCUUGAUUUAAAUGGGGAGGUGGGGUCUAAAUUUUCUAUGUAUAUUGUCCAAGGUUGUAGUCUCGUAUAGAUCUUAAGUUUCCGUCACUUUCCAAUAAAAAAGGUUUAACAACUUGAAUAAGUCAUAUUUUUUUUUUUUACUUUUGAAGUCUUUAAUUAAAUAAGACGAUUUUCUCCACACUGAUUCUCUCCUCCCGCGUGUGAAAUGGAUAACAACAAUAUAAAUGCUGGCGAGGGUGAGACCUAGUGUAUUCUCUAUGACGGAAUUGUAAUACCCCAGCUUCAUCAUUCAUAUCACGAUGAAAACGGGUUGAUAGUCACCAGUAAUUUAAUAUUAGUCUCCUUCCUAUCCCUUGCGUGUUUUUUUUUUAUUUUAUUUUUUUUUAUGGACUUACUUUUAAUUUCCCUGCGCUGCGAUCGAUUUUUUCACGACGGGGAUAUUUUAUAUCCUUGUCUAGCGUACCCUUUCCUUUUGCCCAAUAGACCAUUUUACAGUUAUCCUAGCCUUUGAAUGAAAGUGAGGCUGAGGUUGACCUUGUUUUGAUACAAACCUCUUUCCUUUUCCUAUGGAAAUUAUGCUUAAAAAAUACUAGUUAGCAUAAGAACGACAUGAUUUACAUAACAAAGCAGGAAGGGUUGUAUCAAAACAAGGUCGACUCCAGCCUCGUUUCCACCUGUAACUGUAAAAUGGACUAUUAUAAACCAGUUAUUGAAUAAAGCGAAGAUUGGGUAAGGGGUGCUCUAGAUUAUUACUCAACGAAGACACCAAAGACCGAAGAUAAUUAUUUAGAUAUCGAUAAAUAGACCGAAAAAAAAAGCCUAAGGACAUGAGGUAGCACAGGCGUUAUACUAACCUAUGCAAUCCUAGCUCCGUUUCAAACGUCGAACUUCGGUCAUGUCGCGAAAAUAAUGUUAACGAGGAAAAUAUAUUGUUCAUUCACCAGGCUUAAAAAUUCACCAUCACACCUGCAUCAGAGCGCAUAUGCCCCUAUUUACUUCCGUUCCUAGCAGUAUACUGACUGUUUGUCCUAACCAAGCUUUGGCCUCCCCUCACGCGAGUUGUAGCUCAGUGAUAGUUAAUCUGGACCAGUAAAUAAGAUGGUCAUAGGUGCGACUCCUCCUUCAGGGAGAAACAUGGAUUUUGAUUUCCAGUCGCCUGUUUCACUACCUAAAGAAACAACACUCCCGUUUGGUUUAACGUUGUUAUUCCGAAAUACGAUUAUAAUCUACGCAGAUAAAAAAAUAUUUCUUUUAGCCUUUCUCCAAUGUGGUGAACUUGAAUUAGAAACGACUGCAUUUCUUGUUUAACAACAUGUACCAAGACUGAUCCCCUUCAUCUGCUGUAAAUAGUAUGCGUGCUCCGUUACACACGAAAAAAAAAGAGGUCGUCCCUUUUUCGCGUGCAAUAAAACUAUUUUAUUGCUUAUCCCAGGUGUUGAUGAACGUAUACGUUUAUGCAUGCUACACCACAGCAACAGUUCAAGCUUUAUGCUUGUACUUUUACAAGCAGUCGUCCAACAAUUAUGCACUUAGUUCACUUUUUAAAAAUAAACCAAUUGAAAGGGAGAAUUGAACUUUACAAGAGUGAACAAGCAAUAGCACAUUUGAACUUGCAUUAAAAGCUUUUUGCAAAGUUCUCCCUUCUCUAGUUUUAAUCAGAAAAAUUGUUAUUUUCGUUUGAUCCACAUCUGCAAGAGCCAUUCCUGUUUUGCCAUUAGCGAGACAGUCCAUUAGCGAACAACCGAUAGAAUUGGACUAAAAAUUGCUCGUGACGCAAGAACGAGUUUAAUAGGUUAAGUUAGGUGAAAAUGUCUUUGCUUGCUCAUACAUUUUUAAUCAUGACAGUCAUGGCCUUCUCCCUACCUUUAUUGUAAUUUAUAAUUGUUCUUUUCUCAAAGUAUAGGCAUGUAGUAUUAACAAACUAGUGCCAGGGUGCUGAAAUGAGGUUACAUUAACUACAAGGUAAGUUAGUUUGAUGUUAACAUAAAACAUCACCAAGAUAGCUUCUCAAUAUCCCGUACACUAACUUAUCAUCCGCAACUACCUUAAUAAUAUUUAACAUUUUACGAUUCAGUUUCCGAGUUGUAUCUCCCCGAGUUUGUAGCUAAUCUCCGAGACACAUGUCAGAAAACUGUUUUCUUUUUUACCCUGUAGUUAUAAGGACGAAUGUAGUGCUGGUUACUUCUUCUGAUUCGAACAAUACUUUUACCUGUAACACAGUGUUUAGUCCGCAUUCGACCAGAAAAUUAUAUGCCAAGCCUUUUCACAAAUUUUUGUCCAACGCGCAAAACGUUAAAACGAUUACUUGCAGUGAAAACGCAUCCUUGUCAGUUUUUUUUUGUAUUCCACGUCAAAAGUUCCCUGUUUUGUCAGAAGCGUAACUGGCAAGAAUGAGAGAUGUGGAAUACCUGACAUACAGACCACCCGUGAUCGUCCACUUUUCCAUGUCACUACGUGUUUAUUUGUUUAUCGUUCCUAUGAAUUAGUCAACUGAACCGUGUGUCUCUCAGCGAAGACCUUGGUAAACGUCUGUUGCAUCGUUGCCAUUUGUUUAUGACAACCGCGAAGACAGCAGCUCUUUACUACAGUGUGAUAUACUGAGCUAGUUUGUGAAAAAUAAUUAAAUGCUAUGUAAAUGAAUAACGGAAACGGAUUUAAUCACAGUUUUCUCUUCCAGUGCGUUUUCACUGUAGAACGUUUCCAUAUUACUAUUAUUAUAAGGCAACAAAAACCGAUAAAGACUAACAAAUUUCGUUGUUGCGUGAGAAUAUACGACGCACACAGGAGUUUGCUUCUUAGAUUGACAUGUACUUGUAGUAACUGUUGCAAAUUUUAAGGAUAUGUUAUUUCAGCUGAUCAUGCUUAUAAAAUCACAAUCUUUUUAUGUAAGUUGCAAAUAGUCCAAAACAAGAAAUAAAGCUCACAAUAUACUAAGUGUUGCCAGGAAAUUCUCAAAGUCGCAUAAGAGAAUUGCUAUUAGUGAUUUUAUAACUGUACUGCCUGAAGAAUAAAAAAAUGCGCUGUCGUCCUAGCUAAAGGCCAAAAAAGUCUUUUGAUCUUAUUUAUCUAUCUUUUCUGGGCGAUUUGCUCGCAAGUUUGCUGCUUCGCCGUUUGGUUUUCAAAUGAUUGUCAUCGUAAAUCAACUUCUGGCACUCAGGAUAUAAGCUUAAUAAAUGUACAAUUUGCUACUUGUGUUUUUCACUGCCCGCAGACUUUUAAUUUUAUUCUGUUGAUCCGUUUUAAUUUGAAUUUUAUGUCAGAUGGAGUAGAAACGAUGAGGAUUAUCGAAGUAAAUUAUUUCCUUUUUUUUCAAGCCGCUCUUUAUCUGGCAAGAGCUGCAGGUAAGUUUCUAACUGCUAAACAGAACACUUCAUGAGGCCUUUGAAGGAAAAAUGACUAUGAGCUCGUGAAAGAGCUGGAUCUAAGCUGUACAAUAGCAGAAAGUGUAUGCAGUGAGAAAAAAGUAAAAUACUCUCCUCCGGCUUGCGCCGGUCUUUAAUUUGUUUUACGAUGUGUUUUUUUCUUAUCUAACUGUUUAUGAAGCGGUUUCAGAAAAAUUAGGCUAUCUUUCAAAAGGCUAUCCGGUAGGGCAUGAAUCCGAUUAUUAUGUGACUCUCGGCGUGGAGCAGCUUCAAUCCGCCACAGAAUUCGCGCCAAAAUCGCCGUUUUUGUGUGUGCAGUAGCCCUAUCUGGUAUUAUUUUCGUGAAGGGACUGCAGGGGGGGAAGCUAUCCGGUAGUAGUGUGAACAUAACGUAAAUAGUUUUUUUUAGAUGAUUCCAACGAGUAUCAAAUGACGAAAGCUUCUAAAAAGUCAAUCGAACUACAGACAGCAUAUGUGUACAGGACAAACUUGCCACGGAGACAUCAUUACUCAGGUGAGUGCAGUUAAUGUGGAAACCAUGGAAUACGUAAAGUCCGCAAGCAAAAGGUUGGAUUCAUGGUACGCAUAGUAUAGUCUGAAGGCCGGGAAAAGCGCGCUCAAGGGUGUAAAUGGAAGUUUAAUGUUCAACUAUUGCGCUACAACGACUCCGCUGUGUUUUAAACAACCGCGAUAGCAACAUUUUAUUUACUCUAUUCCCAUUCGAACUUAGCCUACUAAUAUAGUCGCCUCUGAUCGCUCCCUGCCGUUGGGACAUUACGAGAGAGAGAGACGUCUGCGCUUUCAGUCAGCAAGAAGCGUUGAGAAGUGGUUGUAUUUGAAGCCUAAUUUAGACUCUGCGAAGGAUCGUUGGUUUCUUCCUUUUUAAAUGACGAUCUAUGCCCUGAGGUGUAUCUCACCGCAUAUUGACCAUAGUCUCAGAUUCCACGGACAAGCUAUGUGGCGAUCGAAGCGAGCAACGAGUGAACUCCUUUCGCAUACGGUUCUGCACCUCAAGCGAUAUCUCCUGAAUGGGAAGUAGUUUCUAGCUUUGUGAGUUUCGUGUAGUGGCCAGCUGCUAACAGAUUAAGGACAGCUUUUCGCUCUAAGACAGCACACGUAACAAAAACAGCUGAACCUGUUACAGUGACUCGCUAGAAAAGCUGAAUACAACAGUCAGAAACAGUCAAACCUUUUUUCCGACUUGUUUGCUUGGACGCCGAACAUCCAAUCCGUUUUUUUCUCUGCAUCUUGACCUGGACUGUCUGUAGAGAUGCUAUCUAUAACUUUAUAUCCGGUGAAUUAGGGAAAUCUGCUGGGUUUUUUUUCUGCUUAAUUUGAUAUUUUUCUUUUGGCAGUGAUUUUGGGAAGUAGUGGUAAGAGUAUUGUUGGACCAAUGGUUCCAGAGUCUGGAGAUGAACAAAUUCAUCGAGUACAGGGAUUUAUACUCAAACCAGACUCUAUCAAUAUAGGUUAGUAAUCAAGUCAUCUUUUCUGUUCACUGAAACACACCAGGAAACUCAGUAAGCGACCACGUCGACGACGGCGAUGAAAAGCUAUGAAAAAUUCACUAAAAGAUUUUAAAAAAAAGAAUUUGCGUUCUUUCAAACUUUAUCGCGCUUAUUUAGCCGUCUCUCUCGGCUGAUCGAGUGUCAGUAGGCGAGUUUAGAUGUAAACUGCACCGAAGUUCAAAUUUGUGGUCGUGCGUUCGCGUCCUCGAUGAAACGUUGCAUUAAGAAGUUUCACGUCUAAGUCGUCCAGUGACGUCAACGAAAUGCACUUAAAAGUAUGAUGCACGUGCAGGGUUGUUGUUUUGCUGAUAAAAACGACUUGUUUACGUUUUCUUUGCUGUCAUCCUGUCGUGGUUGCUUAAGUUCAGGAUAUGUCUAUACUACAGUCGAACCUUCAUGAGCGACCACCUUUUGUAAGCGACCAGCUAUAUAUCCAAAGCACCAAACGUUUCCUUUUCAAAGGUCUAUAAUAGCAACCUCGUACUGUAAACGACCACCUCUCAAAAGCGACCGCGACCCUGACUGUUUGGCUUGACGGUAUAUUUUUAACCUCUUGAAAGCGAACACCUAACGCAUGGUGUGGUAUCUAUUUUCCUAGCCUGCGUAGCAAGCGUUUCCGUUUGGUUUCGGAGCAAAGAAAGACCGAGGAACGGGAUUCUCGGUUUUGGCAGCGCGAGAAAUGAAACAAGAACCUCUCCUCGCUCUUUUACUUACGCCAUUUUUCGCGCAAUCUUUGACUCGUGUUCCGGGUGGGUAGAAAACGAAGACCUAAGACCUAAGACCCAAAAACGAAGACCCCCUCAAAAUCACUUAUAAAUAUCUAGAAACGGGUAUCUCGACCUUAGAUGUGUAAGAAACAACAAUAUCUUCAAUUAUACAAAAUUUCGACCAGUGUCUUCGUUUUCUACACAAUCCCCCCGGUGUGUAGAAAACGAAGACCCCCCUCAAAAUCACUCGGAAACGGAGGGAAACUGCUACCAUGUGGGUAAUAAUCUGCUGUAAAAACAGCGCCAAAACCGCCUUUCCCGAUUUCCUCUUUGUUAAAAAACUUUUGAAAAUCAAACAGCGGUAAGUCAGAGACAUCGAUGGCUUUGGGCUUUAGUAACGGCAACGCAAACGCCAUAAUCAGGACAUAAUACCCCGGGGGGGGCACCUUAGGAAUUUCUGGGUGGGGAUGUGCCGCUGGGAGCCUGGACCCCUUAACCUUACCCAGAGCUAGUUCAGCUGAAUUUUGCUACCCUAUACUAGAGUAAACUCCCCAAAUCCCCCUAUCCUAGAGUAGCUGUGUACCUAGUCUAGAUAAAAUCUUCAACCAACUGAUCAGUUUCCUGAAGAAUGAUACCCUAUUCUAGACCCAAACGCUCUGAUUUAUAUACCCUAUCCUAGAGUAAACUGCUUGAAAACCAUACCCUUCACAGCGGCACAUACCUAUAUAGCCCAUAUAUGGCAGUACCNGACCCCGGUCAAAGACCCUGGUCAAAAUUUUGUGUAACUGAAAAUCUUGUUGUUUCUUACACUCCUUUAGUGUCUAGAAGUCGUUAAAAGCAGUUUCCCUCCGUUUCCAAGUGAUCUUGAGGGGGGUCUUCGUUUUCUACACACCGGGGGGAUUGUGUAGAAAACGAAGACACUGGUCGAAAUUUUGUAUAAUUGAAGAUAUUGUUGUUUCUUACACAUCUAAGGUCGAGAUACCCGUUUCUAGAUAUUUAUAAGUGAUUUUGAGGGGGUCUUCGUUUUUGGGUCUUAGGUCUUUGGUCUUCGUUUUCUACCCACCCCUCGUGUUCCUCGUUCUUUGCUCCUAAACCGCACGAAAAUGCUCGCUACGCAGGCUACUAUUUUCCGCGCUGUUUGUUCCACGCCAUUCAGAAUAUAGAAAGAAGUCUGGGAAUCUACAUGUAUAUGCACAACUUAGAAAAUGCAUGCAAUAAAUUAUCUGCUAAAACGAUGCUUGGAACCCAUUCUCGUAAGAGACCCCCUGUUGUUCGAUUCUCGUAAGCGACCACUAAAUCUUCGCACUUUAAUUACGGGAGGUUCGACUGUAUGCCGGAUAGCUUUUCACGUCGAUAAGCCGAAGCUAUCCAGUAUCAAGAGUAUGAAAAUGUGUUCACCCUGCACUAAAGAGUGGCCCAGAAACCUAUCCGAUAUAAAAUAUGACGAACGGAUUUUCAAGUUCGGCGAGGCACCAGCUUCGCUCCUUUAGAGAAACCGCGCCGAAAUCGCCAUUGUCAUGUGUGAAUAGAAACCAUGUCCGAUAUGGUUUUCUUCAAUGCUGUCGCAGGAGCUCUAGUGUCCGUGUAAACAUAUAUAGCCUCGCUAAUCAUGUACUCUCAUUGUCUUACAACAUGUUUUUAUUUUAGGCAGCCCCAUAGAAUUUGCCGGAGCGGCACUAAACAGGCACAAUCGUUAUCGCCGGUAUCACCAUUCUCAACCCCUGAGGUGGUCUGAUAGACUAUCGACACAGGCGAGUAAACUGGCUUAUCAGAUGGUACAGCAGUACAGGAAGAAUAAUGAGGCCAAGAGAUUUCAGGUGCCGUCUGAAGAGGAGGAGAGUGUGGGAGAGAACGUGGAAAAGUUCCUGGGCGAAAGGUUUGGCUGUGACGCCACUGCGGUAGAGAAAGCCACUGAUAUGUGGUAUCAGGUACAGAGACGUUUCUUUAACCCUGCACUUACCAUUUUUCGUAAAUUUCGGUGAGGAUUACCAUACAAAUAGUAAGGGCUGCUUCUUACUGCCACUGAAGACUUGAAAGCUGCGUGAUUUACCUACUGAACCGAUUAUCAUACAUCUUUCGCCCCAUGCAAGCGGCGGAAUCCAAGACAGUCUUGGAUUCUGAAUUACACGCCGUGGAUUUCGGAUUCCAGGUACUGUAUUCCGGAUUCUUUGUCAGAGGAACUUGGAUUCCGGAUUUGUAUUCGUUAGCGGGUUUCUGGAUUCCUUGAGCUGUAUUCUGGAUUCCAGGAUUCCGGAUCCCAAGCAAAAAUUCCACGGAUUCCGGAUUCCACAAGCAAAAAUAUUCUGGGAUCCGGAUUCCCUUACAUUGGGCGAAUACAUUUCUUUUUUUGCUCUCAUUUAAAGUUUUUCAGCUUAUUGUCUGUAAGAAACGGGAACUAUAGUUUAGUACUAUUUUGUCUUCAAUUGAACUGAUCGUUGAUAAUAGAGAACGAUUAGCUAAUCUGGCCAUGUGAAGCAAACAAGGCGCCAGUGGUGACGUUUGCAUGUGAGAGCACUCGCCUUCCACCAAUGUGGCCUGGGAUCAACUCACAGGCAAUCGGUCGUCAUAUCAUCUCCUUCUUCACCUUGGGACCAAUUUUAACUUUUUUGAAGUACACACUGAGCUUAGUUGAGAUCGUGCGUGAUCUUAGAUAAACCAGUGUUUAAUUAGCUCCUUAACGGCAGUUACGAAAUACUGUAAAUUUACUUUUUCCUUAAUUUUACCUUACUUAGUUUUAGUUAUUUAAGUGAAUAAGUGGAGAUUAAUGAUCACUCGCUGACUGUCUAAGUGAGCCAGAGUAAUCUUUGUAGAAUAUUAUAUGUAACCUUUAGAAUGAAAUCAGGCAAGGAAGAAACGCAAAUGCUACAGCUGUAUGGUCUACCUUGUGACAAAUGACAUAAUUUACAACACCCACUUCUUAUUUCUCCAAACAGCAAAGCAAAAACUACAGUUAUAACUACCCUCACAUUCAGGAUGAGACGAGUUCCUUUACUCAGUUGGUCUGGAAAAACUCUCAGUUUCUCGGAAUAGGAUGUGCUCUACGCAAAGGCCUGCUCGCUAAUGACGUGUUCAUCGUGGCCCUUUAUAGUCCUCCAGGAAAUGUUGGCGAUGGCGUAUCGAUCAACGUUCUUCGGCCAGGCCCAAGAGAGAUUUUAAAAGCUGAUGUUUACUCAAGUGUAUUCAAAAGAUUCAAAGUGACCAAGGACGCAGAGCAGACUGAUAACAAAGAAAGGACUAAUAAAUUUUUUGAUUAAUUAAUGCUUCUAAAAUCUUAGAAAAGUUGAUGAGACUGGAAAGAAAUUUUAAACGAAAUUUAACACUAAUCAGGCCUACAGUAGAUAAUGGAAUAACUAAAAAAAGUGAAACAAAAUGUUCUAUAAACAACUUUGAACGAAGGGAUGUCCAAGGCUUGGGUAUUUAACAAUUAUUCCUCGAGCCCGAAUGGGCUCUGAGUCAAUAGCCUAUGAGGCCGAAGGCCAAAUGGGCUAUUGACUCAGAGGCCAUGAGGGCGAGAAGAAUAAUUGUUUUAGUUAAAUCCAACUAGCUGGCCAAAAAUAACAAGAAUAAAAGAAUUUUAGCUAGUUAAAGCUAGAUUUUAAUCCUUUUUUGCCGCCAAAAAGCCCGCGCUUUUCACAACUAGGGGGCUAUAACAUAUACCCAAGUAAUAGCUCAACCAAUCAGAACGCAGUAUUGAUAAUAGACCACUAGUUGGAUUUCACUAAUAUUGAUUAAAUGCAGUGUGUAAAUAAACGUUUAGCACAGAGCAAAGCUAUAAUGCUUUAAUUAUAGUUAAGAAUCGAGUCAACAUUUUUCAAUAUAUACAGCGCUUAGAGCUGAGACGAAAAUGUCGUCUCGUCAACAUUAAAAAGGUUUUACAGGGGGGAAUUGAGUGAGGUUUGAAGAAUGGUCUUAUUUUCGUGGAUGUCGAGGGGGCGAGGGUUCUACAAAAAUGACUGCAGAGCGACACGUAAAAAAUUCACUAGCCAGCUAGUGAAUUAAAAGUAUGGGUUAACGAAGAUAAGAAAUUGAGUUAACUUUAGUGUUGUGGCGCUUAAUCUGAGGACAUUUCGAAUUGAACAGAACGCGACUAGACGUAUCAAACCAACUCUCAAAUGUCUUAUUUACAACGUCCAAAUAUAAAACGUAUAAGCUUCAUUAAUUCAUAACCACAUCUGUUUUUAGACUUAGAUUUCUAUUACAAAUUUUCCGGUAGGCCCUUAUAAUCGACAGAUAAAAAUUAAAUAGCUUUGUGCUCUGCUUUUAAGGCUGCCAAGUUGUAAGUCGAAGAUUUCAGUUCAGACUGGUUGUAACAGUGAAGCGCGAGCAUCAAACUACCUGUAAGAUACCGGUUGCGUCUGUUGGAAGCAAUUGUUUAAAAACAAUAGCUCAACAAGCUAAAUGUCAAAAUGUGUACAGGAAUGAUGACAAACUGAGGAAGAGAUCAUCGUUUGCCUUGGGAAAGAGAUUGGACAUCAAAUGAUGCCAUAGAGGGCGUGCGCGUUUGUCUUAAAACGAUCAUAUUUUUGCCAAUUUCAGUGUCCCGCCGGCGCAAUGCAUCAUGUGAACAAUGAGUUUCCGUAAUCUUCUUAAAAUAGAAUCAUUUCUCAUGGCUGGCCAACCCCAUUAAGACCAAUUGUGCCUUGGGCAAAGUGUGGAAAUAUUGGUUACCAGGACAAAUGUACGAACACUCAAUAUCAUCUUCCCACGAAACAGACACUUUAAAUUGCGAACGUUAUGGUCUUGAAAAAGACUGUCUUAUCAAGUCUGGUGGUGCUGGUGGCAUUGUGUUUGACCGCGACGGGGAUUUACAAACUCUUUUAUCAUGGCAAUCUUGACUUGAGGAUCUCAAAGCGAUCGUUGGAGAGGAAUAACAAGACCGCACCUAUCACAGUCAAUUUUCCUAAAAACUAUCACGCCACCGGGAGACUCUUUCUACCACACAGUAAUAUCGUGGAACCGUUCGAGAUUUGGUUCACUAGUGAUUAUAACCGAAGUCGCAUCGACUAUUAUUACGGUACAUUCUUGUUAUUUUGGGAUAAUUAAAUUUCAGUUUGCUUUGAAAACUGACUGCUGAAAUUGCAGCUGGACUGGCUUGCGGAGCAUAACGAAACCAAUUAUUAUGAUCAUUAUAUGAUCAAUGACAUGAGACCGGUCUCCGUAUGGGAAAUUUACAACGGCAAAGCCUGCUUAUCGCCCGGGGGGAAUGCUAUAUGGGAUAUAUAAAGAGAUGUUGCUGUGAAUGGUAUGGUUUUCAAGCAGUUUAGCCCCUGGGCUAGGGUAUAGAAAUCAGAACUUGCGGCGGAAUUUGAGUCUAGAAUAGGGUAUCAUUUUCCAUGAAACUGAUCAUGUGGUUGAAGAUUUUAGUCCAGACUCAGAGGGAAACCGAGAAUUAGCCUGCAAAAAUAAAAUCGGUAAAUCUAAAUUUUCCCGAAACUCAGGUUAACAGCAAAGAAAGCGUGGAUCGACGUCAGUAAUUUUUGGAAAAUAGCGACUAAGGGAUAUGAAUGGGGUUUGAGAGUUUAGUCUAGUAUAGAAAGCAUAAUUCAUCUGAACUAUUUGAGCUACUGUAGGUCUGGUUUAGGCUGUGGGUCUCGGGGUCACAGCGGCACAUAUAUACCUACCCAAACAUUCCUUAGCUACCUCCCCAAGGGCUAAUCAAUGAGGGAGACGAGAGAAAACUGAUGUGAUAAAUGUGUCUCUGAAAGUUCCCUCUUGCCUUUGGUUUACUUUCUAAUAACCCUAAGUGCUUUACACCCUUGUCGGUUUAAUUCCCAUCAAAAACGGGGCUUUGUUUUACACACUAGCUCAAAAAGAAAUGAAUUAACCAGCUUUGUCGACCUUCGCGGGCAACCGGCAAAAUGAAAGACUAACUACUUUAUAAAGCUGAAGGUAUUUUACUAGUCUGCCUUAGUAACAGGUGGAAAAUAUGUCGCAGGCCACAAUAAACUUCCACUAACAGACACUCUGAAUAUCGUUUUUAGGUACAGAUAAAACAUUUCAAAGAGCAGACCUUGGUAAGUACGGUGUGACAUUAAAGGUGGUACCAAUGCACACAGAGAAAGAUGGAAACUACAUCGGCUGCUGGAAACUUGAGGGACAUAAAGGCUGGCCCAUCAUCCCGCAGCCAAUUGUGCCGAACAUGACGUACUUCAAGGUAAGGAAAAAUAUCAAUUAUUUAGAUGAGACAAAGACUUAAGUAAAGCGCUCCUAGUCUAUCUUCCAGUUCUUGGUGCUAUCAUACCUAGUCCCUGUACGGCGUCUUCCCAGGUCUUCUCGGUCAAUGCAUUUCAGUGACGUAUUCGAGCGGAACUAAAAAACUCACUCGGACCACGUGACCGGAAACGCAUAGGCCCGGCGAAAUAAUGAAGCCUAGGGACAAGGCAAGGUGCUUUCCUCCAAUCCCGGAUUUUUCAUUUAAUUAUAAGCAAUUACGCUCAGGUAUAUGGUGUCUCCAAAAAUAAAGCGUACUAUAAUUUUGCACCACGAUGACGAAGACUUCUAGUAUAAUACUGCAAUAACAAUGAUGAUGAUGAUGAUGAAGCUCUUUUAGAAGAUAUCAUCGUCACCAUCAUGAAUCAUACUUACCUCUGGAUGCUUUUAUGAGCCUGCAUCUUUUCAGUUAAUUAUGGUUUUAAGGAAGACAUAACAAAUUAAAGGUGCACGGAUUUCACCUACACUAAAUGCUUACAAGACCUUACAUGUUGAUGCAACAUGAGCACAGUUAACUCAGGUAUUUGGUUUAGGGUUAGGGUUUUCCGAGCAUUUCUUUGUUAUACCUAAUAUUUAUUUCUACUUUGUUUAUACUUAGAUAAAAGCGCUGCCGUUACAAAUAAUUCGAAAUGGUACAUGAAACUGGAGUCCCUAUAUAGCUACAACUCUGCUCUCGCGUGUUUAUAAAAGUCUUCAGAUGCUCGGAUUUUGCCACGCACCGUGUUUCCUUUUUCGUCUUUCCUACCUCACCGUUCUCACAUCAUUAUCCUUUCUUGCUCACUUUUACACUUUGACUAACAAUAUACUGCUGAACGUAACUUAGGAGCUGCAUUGUCAACUAACUAAUAAUUUGCACUAACCUUUCUUCUAACCACUGAGACUUGAGGAAUUAUUUCUUCGUAAUUUUUUUUCCAUCCUCCUUUAGUAUGCGGGUGAGGAAGUUUACAUGGGCACACCUGCAACUAGAUGGGAAUACCGUUACAUGGUGUUUGGUUUACUCAAUUCUCACACUUUGCUGGUCAGCAAGCUUGACACAAUGCGUCCAGUGCGAUAUGAGAUGAAAGGUUAUGAUAGUUUGAUGGCGUCUUACUAUGACAACUAUGUCGUCGAAUACAUCUCGUUUGAGGACUGGGAACCAGACCUGGAGAAAUUCGAGUUACCAAAAGGUACGAGGUGACAGUAAAAAUUUGCCAAGCUGUUGAUGAAGUGAAUUUACGCUGUUGCAAACUUCAUUGCAAUCAUUCACCUUUCGCUCAAUAAGUGAAUUUUGCCGGAGUUCAAUUUCCUAGGUCCCUAUCCAAGUUCCGGACGAAAAGAAAACAAAACAUGCAUGCAUUUUAUUUGUUUUUAAGACUGAAAUACAAUUUUAACAUGCCCACGGGUAGCUAAGCUAAUCCAGGCGGAUCAUGUUUUCAGGAAAUAAAUACAACUAAAAGUGACUAGGGACCUAAUAAACUAGCCUUACGUCAGACACACGAUAGCGAGAACAAGGAGCGCUAGCAGAAACGUCCGUUCCGGGCGAGAGCACUUUGCCAGAUUGUUUGCGUCGUCCAAAACGUGAAACACAGUGGUCUUGCAGUGAAGGCGAAAAAGAUCCAACAAGUGUGCUGCAAGUUUAUCCCGCUUUCUCCUGUUCAUCUCUAUGCAAAUGCUAUUAUUAACACUCUCUAACAAGUGAAUUGAAAAGGCAAACAUUACUUGGAAGGAGACAUAGUAACAAACCGUACAUGGUUAAAAACCCCACAUUGAUUUUUUUCCCAGAUCAGUGGUGCUAUAACUGGUCUCACAGCCUCGACUCCCACUUUGUAUCAAAUCCCAUGGGCGAGUUUAUGUCAUACGGCGAAGACAUAGUGGAGGAGAUGUAUCAAGUAUAUAAAGAUCAUCACAACAAAAUCCACGACUCCCAACAUGAACACGUCAAAAGAAAGCACAUAUUUCGCCAUAACAUGAGGUAACAACAUAAUCUAUCUCGGUUAGAUUCCUAUCAGGGUCUCAGAUGUGUUUUCUUUGUAUCGACACUCUUGAAAUGAUGAUUCAGUUGGCAGACUUCUCAUAAUCUUUUUCCAUUACACAACUUGCACUCAGUGCAGUGUAUGAACACAUCAAGGAUGACCUCGCCUUUAGAAGAGGAGAUGUUCCAAAAGAGUUUAUUGUACGGUAGAUCACUUUAAGGCCCAAUAAAGUUACCACGAUUUUCAUUUGUAGAUACAUCAGGUCAAUAAACCGGCAGAACCUGGCUUACAAACUGGCUCCGAAUCAUUUAGUGGAUCUUACAGAUGAGGAAUAUGACGGUCAUGCAGGUUAGAAAAACCAACAUGUUGACGUUUGAAAAGCCUGAAAAAUUUGUAACUAAACUACAACUUCCUCUCUUACACGAACUUUAAAACUAAAAGCGCAUACCAAAAGUCAGAAGUGGUCGGCCAGACAGUCAAGUUUUACCAUUAUAAUUAAAUAGGCUUUCUCUGAGAGUAUUCCCUACAAAUUCAUGAAUCGUAUAUGCUAUUUAGGACUGAAUAGACAGAUCUGGCUGGACACUCCCUGGCUAAAACUAGAAUUUUCUUUACAACUGGUCUUGACAGGCUGGCAAGUUCUGACUAAUCUUGAGUAUAAGCUCCUGUUGAAGAUCUAAGUCGCGUGCUCUUCUUUCCUUCCUAAUACUAGGACUUUCUGACGAUAACAAUACAGAUCACAAAGGAGGUGUUCAUCUUGAGGAGCACCAUGAGUCAUACAGUAACAUGAGCGCUGUUCUUAAAACUGUGGAAGUACCUGAUGAGUUGGAUUGGAGAGAAUAUGGUAAGAAUGAAUAGUCACAAAAUUCUCUUGGCCAGAAGCAAAUCACAAGGCGGUAAGCCAACAUAGUGGUUGAUCAGAGCCUGCGUGGUAGGUGCAUGCAUAAGAAACAUGGCGCGCAAUGAGAAGAACAAGCGAGAGGAGAAAGCUGUCUCUCUUCUCGUGCGCGUCUUUCUCCCUCGGCAGGCAGCGUCUCCUUUCUUAUUUACACGUGUGCCCGCUACGCUGGCUAGGUAUUAGCAUGGGUUACCAUUCAUCCACCUAUUGAGUUGGUAGAGCGCGAGUCUGUAGUUCGCGAGGGCUACUUUCUAACUCCUACCUAUACAUAGGCGAGGCUUUGCCUUUGCUUAUGCUAUGAUCGGUUUUAAUGACCCAUCUGGUUUAACACCAGGAAUAAAUUUAUCUAAUGCGCGUACGUAUAAGAUGUACAUUGUGUGAGCGGAGAUGGCGCAGUGUUGAGAGCACUCCAUCCCAUCAAUGUCGCCUGGGUUUGCACCAACUUGUCCAAAAUUCCAGUUCAGUCUGGACCAUGUACUCCAAUAAUUGGAUACACUUAAGGGCCACAAGUUUAUCAGUUCUUGAAAAAGCUGUCGAGUAUCACCAGCUCUAAAUAACGUUUUUUUUUUUCAAGAAUUAAUAGACAUAUUCAUCUCCGUCACAGGUGAGAGAACUGUGACAUUUCCAGAUAUUUCCCAUGUUUUCCGGGUUAAUAACCUUAAUUUAGUAUGUGAACUUACGAUAAAGCCCGACAACCAAGUCACUAACCUGAUUAGAGUAACGCGUUGUUAUAGGUGCUGUGACGCCAGUCCGAGGUCAGGGUAUAUGUGGAUCGUGUUACGCCUUAGGCGCUGUUGGAGCUGUUGAAGGGGCGUACUUUAUGAAGGUACGAUUCAUUUCUAUUGCAAAAAAUGACCGAGAAAAGGCCAGUAGAAAACUAUGCGAAAAAUUUCAGUUGUGGAUAGUAUUUCAUACAAUUGCACUAGCAGCAGCAUCGGCUUCUCUAGUUUUCAAGCCCUUGGCGCUAGUCCCCAGUUAUUUGCAGUGGGUAUAGAUAACGCUAAUAAUUUCUAUCCAGUGGAUAACUCAGUUGGUUUUCCUAAUAAUUAUCUGCUGGAUAGAGAGUUAUUCAGGAGAUAGAGCUGUCCAACGUCUGAAAAACCGGGGCAGGUAUAUUUUCUCCUGUUUCUAGUUUUGCAACUGGAUGUUCUAGGUUCGGUUUUUGACAUCGUUAGAUAAAGACGCCUCUAAGCCAAAAGGGAGGGAAGAAAUGUCCUGGAAACUUCUCUGAUCUCAAUUAGUAACAUGGCACAGUUCAUAGUUUAGUACAUUAACGAAGUUCAAAAGGAAAUCUGUCAAAUGUGUUCUAAAUGCCUCAAGGUUCCUCCCAGACGGCGGACUUGACAUUUGCAGAGUCUGAAUGCUGAACAACAAAAAAAUAAUAGAUUGGUUUUGCUCCUAUGAACAAGAUUUGCCACAUCAGAACUUCGCAGUCUGAAGCACGCCUUUAUAUGAUAACUGAGUUAUUGCUGUUCUCUCUUCAGACAGGUCAGUUAGUUGAACUUUCUGCACAGCAGGUUAUUGACUGCUCAUGGGGAUCUGGGAACCAUGGUUGUAGAGGAGGAUGGUACAAUAAAGCACUUAGUUGGAUUUACAUGAACGGAGUGGCCAAGGCAAAGAAUUAUGGGCCAUAUUUGGCUCAGGUAAGACAUGAUUGGAAAUUACACUGCAAAAUAGAAAUAUUUUCUGAUAAAAUGUAGAUGAUUUUUUCUACUACAUCAAAGUCAAGUAGACCUUUUCCCUUUUAAUAUGCCUUUAUGCCUUGACGAAGUGUCUUUACUCUUAUAGAGACAAUAUUCCCAAAACAUUAAUCAAAACCACUGCCCAAGAAAUCAAGGCGUCCACUUCCGCUUAACGUACGUCGGUAAAAAAACGUCCUUGAAAAAGUUUGCUUUUAACACUGUAGUAGUGUUGUUGGAGACAAAUUAGCCGGGGGAAAGUUUGGAAAGAGUUGACGCAUAACUUCAGUUUUAAUCCUGUGACGUUACAAUAUAUUACUAUUUUGUUGUUUAAGGUAGGCAGGGCAUAUUUUACACACUAUACUCGACACGUUCAAAUCGAUUUCUAAAAAUACGAAGAACAAAUGAGCAAAUGCAAGGAAAAAAAGGUUUACACAACAAAGUGGCAUUAACUUCAGGACCAUGUUAUUAUUAGCGUAAAUUUCUGCUAUUAUAAAAUAUCUUGAGUGAUCUGUAUCACUCUCCACCUUUGGCUAUGAUUAUUUCCCUUCUAAAGCACGGAGUUUUUUUGUCCUUUGUCUCCAGCCUUUAAGAGGAACUCGUACUGAAACCAACGGGGUAAAUAAGUCCAACUCCUCCUUAACGCACUCUCCCUCCCUCUGGGUCUUAAAGAAUCUGAUCCGCAACGACGAAAUAAUGAAUAUCAGAAUUGAGCCCUUGUAACUGAUUUUACUUCUUUUCUCAACGCAGGAGGGGACAUGUGAAACACUUGGGAUCAAAGAGCGAGUAAAAAUAGACGCCUUUGCAUUCGUUCCAAAGUACAACAAUAGUGCUCUAAAGAGAGCGAUAGCCAAAUAUGGUCCAGCGUGCGUGUCAAUAAAUCAGAGGCCACUGUCGCUGAAAUUCUACAGCUGGGGAAUCUAUGACAACCCAGAGUGUGGUCAGUCUGUUUAGAUAAAUAUGCUGAUUCUGUAUUAUGCUUAGUGCGUGUGUUCAGUGUCUCAAAUAAGCGCGUGCGCAUUCAGAUAAAAUUUAUACAUCAGAACCCUUUGAUAAAACGUUGGAUAGCGGUAUCCCGCCAACUGAUAAAUCAUUAUCCAGCGUAUAAGUGUUAUUAGAGAAACCAAUUGUGCUAUCCACUAGAUAGAUUUAUGCAGUGGAUAACGUUAUCCAACUUUUAAACAACUGUGCAUGGGCGGGAGCCUUGUAUUUCUAGUUAAGAAAAGAAACGUCCUGUACAGUCUUGAGCUACUUAAGAUCAUCGGUAAUAUCGCAAAUUUACAUGGUCGGUUUCUGUUCACUGAGUGAAUGUUGCAAACAGUUUUCCACGGGGUAAUAGAAAGGCUGAGCGACAAUCUGAUUGUUGUUGAGUCUUUUAAAGUACGAUCAUGACUAAAAGAAUCGGUAACUAAACUCAACUUAAUCAAGGAAAUAACCAGUUUUGUAAAUUUUAGAGUGCAGUCACGUCCCUGAAGCUUUGGUAAUUAUUAUAUCCAUUUGUCUUUGGUUAUCCUUAUUACAGACAACAGCUCCACUCGGCACACAGUUCUAGUCGUUGGUUAUGGUAAAGAGAAUGGAGUUCCCUAUUGGCUGGUUAAGAAUUCAUGGUCUUCUUCCUGGGGUAUUGACGGCUACAUCAAACUCGCUUGGAGAAACAAUAUUUGUGGAGUAACCAAAAAUCCUGUAGUUGCUUUAUUCAAGCACACUACAUUUCAGUUUCCUGUCAAAGAAAAAAUAGACCGUGUAAACCCGCUUGAACCAAGCACAAUGGGAAGGAAAGUCCAUGCAAAGCAUAAACCUGGUUACCAUAGUAAUGUCGAUAGUUCCAGUUUUCUUAGAAGAAAGAACAACUCCUCGUUAACUUCGUCACCUAGUAACAGAAAUAGGACAAGUAGUGGUAAAAGGAAAUUCAAAGAAAAUCAUUCAGCUCAUCAAGCAAAAAUGCAGAGACAUGAGAUCAAGACCUUAAAGACAAGUACUAUUCCUAUUUCGCGGGGGAACAAACCGUCAAUUUAUUCUUUCACUGGGGCAAACAAGGAUAAAGGUUUGGGUACACCCACCCAUUCUACGGCUUUUUUACAAAAACAAUCUCUGCCUACACAAAAAGUAGAAGAACCCAUUGAUAAAACGGUUGAGAUGAGUAGCUCGAAAGUUAAACCUCAAACAAAUAAAGAUUUUCAAUAUUCCGCAAAUAAAAAUCCUGACAGAGCGGCUAUGAAAAGUAGCUUACCGCCAAAUACAGAGGCAAAUGAACUUAAUACCGCAUAUGAUGUCUAUAGAGAAGGACAGCAGAACCUAGCACAUUACGACACACAAGGAGAUGAAGAGAUAAUGGCGAGACAAAACUUAGUAGAUUAUAACACCCCAAAACCAUUAAAUUUCUAAAAAUACGAAGAACAAAUGAGCAAAUGCAAGGAAAAAAAGGUUUACACAACAAAGUGGCAUUAACUUCAGGACCAUGUUAUUAUUAGCGUAAAUUUCUGCUAUUAUAAAAUAUCUUGAGUGAUCCGUAUCACACUUCACCUUUGGCUAUGAUUAUUUCCCUUCUAAAGCACGGAGUUUUUUUGUCCUUUGUCUCCAGCCUUUAAGAGGAACUCGUACUGAAACCAACAGGGUAAAUAAGUCCAACUCCUCCAUAACGCACUCUUCCGCCCUCUGGGUCUUAAAGAAUCUGAUCCGCAACGACGAAAUAAUCAAUAUCAGAAUUGAGCCCUUGUAACUGAUUUUACUACUUUUCUCAACGCAGGAGGGGACAUGUGAAACACUUGGGAUCAAAGAGCGAGUAAAAAUAGACGCCUUUGCGUUCGUUCCAAAGUACAACAACAGUGCUCUAAAGAGAGCGAUAGCCAAAUAUGGUCCAGCGUGCGUGUCAAUAAAUCAGAAGCCACUGUCGCUGAAAUUCUACAGCUGGGGAAUCUAUGACAACUCAGAGUGUGGUCAGUCUGUUUAGAUAAAUAUGGUGAUUCUGUAUUAUGCUUAGUGCGUGUGUUCGGUGUCUGAAUUAAGCGCGUGUGUAUUCAGAUAAAAUUUAUACAUCAGGCACCUUUGAUAAAACGUUGGAUAGCGGUAUCCCGCCACCGGAUAAAUCACCAUCCAGCGGAUAAGUAUCAUUAGGGAAACCAAUUGUGCUAUACUGUAGAUAGAUUUAUCCAGUGGACAACGUUAUCCACCUUUUAAACAACUGUGCAUGGGCCGGAGCCUUGUAUUUCUAGUUAAGAAAAGAAAAGUCCUGUACAGUCUUGAGCUACUUAAGAUCAUUUGUAAUAUCGCAAGCUUACAUGGUCGAUUUCUGUUCACUGAGUGAAUGUUGCAAACAGUAAUACGGCUGGUACCUCUGAGCAUGCUGGUAGAGCAACAAUGCGAUUGUUGUUGAGUCUUUUAAAGCACAAUCGUGACUAAUAGAAUUCGUAACUAAACUCAACUUAAUCAAGGAAAUAACCAGUUUUGUAAAUUUUAGAGUGCAUUCACGUCCCUGAAACUUUGGCAAUUAUUAUAUCCAUUCCUACUACAGACAACAGCUCCACUCGGCACACAGUUCUAGUCGUUGGUUAUGGUAAAGAGAAUGGAGUUCCCUAUUGGCUUGUUAAGAAUUCAUGGUCUUCUUCCUGGGGUAUUGACGGCUACAUCAAACUCGCUUGGAGAAACAACAUUUGUGGAGUAACCAAAAAUCCUGUAGUUGCUUUAUUCAAGCACACUACUUUUCAGUUUCCUGUCAAAGAAAAAAUAGACCGUGUAAACCCGCUUGAACCAAGCACAAUGGGAAGGAAAGUCCACGCAAAGCAUAAACCUGGUUACCAUAGUAAUGUCAAUGGUUCCAGUUUUGUUAGAAGAAAGAACAACCCCUCGUUAACUUCGUCACCUGGUAACAGAAAUAGGACAAGUGGUGGUAAAAGGAAAUUCAAAGAAAAUCAUUCAGCUCAUCAAGCAAAAAUACAGAGACAUGAGAUCAAGACCUUAAAGACAAGUACUAUUCCUAUUUCGCGAGGGAACAAAUCAUCAAUUUAUUCUUCCACGGGAACAAACAAGGAUCAAGGUUUGGGUACACCCACCCAUUCUACGGGUUUUUUACAAAAACAAUCUUUGCAUACACAAAAAGUAGAAGAAACCGUUGAUAAAACCGUUGAUAAAACGAUUGAGAUAAGUAGUUCGAAAGUUAAACCUCAAACAAAUAAAGAUUUUCAAUAUACCGCAAAUAAAAAUCCUGACAGAGCGGCUGUGAAAAGUAGCUUACCGCCAAAUACAGAGACAAAUGAACUUAAUACCGCAUAUGAUGUCUAUAGAGAAGGACAGCAGAACCUAGCACAUUACGACACACAAGGAGAUGAAGAGAUAAUGGCGAGACAAAACUUAGUAGAUUAUAACACCCCAAAACCAUUACAAAAUGUUGUAUGGGACAAAACAUUAUCGGGUAUUGAGCAAGAGUACUAUUAUCCCUCUUAUGAGUAUAAUAAUAAUUAUAACACCUAUCCAGUGGAAUAUGGAGCAAAAAAUGGAUUUUUUGAACCAGCCAACGAAGGACUGAACCGUGAUUAUGCUGACGAAAAUGUUGUAGAGCAGAAUUAUCUUAACUCGCGGCAAUGGCUUCCUGCUAAACAGUCUGAUAGAACUAGAAACCUUAAUGCUAUGGAGGCAGCUCCAUUAUUAAAUUCGCAGGAAUCUGUUAAGUUGUUGACUGUGGAAGGUAAACAAACAAUUGAGGCCCCGGCUAAACCUUCAACAACAACAACAACAAAAGAACUGAAGAAAACAGUUCAUAAUAAAUCAACAUCUACAUCUAAAAAAGAGAGACAUUUCGCUGGAAAACUGCAGGAUAUUUACGACAAACUUGAAGAAGUCAUUGCAUCCGGNCAAAUGAACUUAAUACCGCAUAUGAUGUCUAUAGAGAAGGACAGCAGAACCUAGCACAUUACGACACACAAGGAGAUGAAGAGAUAAUGGCGAGACAAAACUUAGUAGAUUAUAACACCCCAAAACCAUUACAAAAUGUUGUAUGGGACAAAACAUUAUCGGGUAUUGAGCAAGAGUACUAUUAUCCCUCUUAUGAGUAUAAUAAUAAUUAUAACACCUAUCCAGUGGAAUAUGGAGCAAAAAAUGGAUUUUUUGAACCAGCCAACGAAGGACUGAACCGUGAUUAUGCUGACGAAAAUGUUGUAGAGCAGAAUUAUCUUAACUCGCGGCAAUGGCUUCCUGCUAAACAGUCUGAUAGAACUAGAAACCUUAAUGCUAUGGAGGCAGCUCCAUUAUUAAAUUCGCAGGAAUCUGUUAAGUUGUUGACUGUGGAAGGUAAACAAACAAUUGAGGCCCCGGCUAAACCUUCAACAACAACAACAACAAAAGAACUGAAGAAAACAGUUCAUAAUAAAUCAACAUCUACAUCUAAAAAAGAGAGACAUUUCGCUGGAAAACUGCAGGAUAUUUACGACAAACUUGAAGAAGUCAUUGCAUCCGGCAAGCUUAAAAAACAUAGACAACUGAAGAAAAACCAUAUGCUUUGGGGAUACUUAAAAAAAAAUGGAAAAAAGUAA